GCUCGCCGCGGGGGAGUGGCUUAGUUGUAGCCCCGCCCCUUUUGGGCGCGGUUGGGCGUGGCUUGAGCGUUUGUGGGCGUGUCUUGGGGCUGGUGGGCGGGGCCGGGCGGGGUUGUGGGCGUGGCCUGCGGGCGGAUUAUGUCAACCCCGCGGCAGCCGCAGCCCCGAGCGGGGAGCGGUGAGAGCAGGGCCGCGCAGCCGCCCGCUCCCGCCAUGGCUCUGCCCCAUGGGCUCGGCCUCCUCCUGCUCCUGUUGCUGGGGGGGCCUGGAGCCGCCAUCACCAUUCCCCCAGAGUAUGGUGCACACGAUUUCCUGCAACCCCCCGAGCUGACAGAGGAACCUCCAGAACAACUCGUGGUCUUCCCCAGCGAUGACAUCGUCCUCAAAUGUGCAGCCACCGGGAACCCCCCCGUCCAGUACCAAUGGACCCGGGAGGAUCAACCCUUCAUCCCCGAGGAGCACGGGGGGGUCUCGGUGCUCCCCGGCUCGGGGACUUUGGUCAUCAACGCCACGUUGGCCGGACGCCUCCAAGGUCGCUUCCGCUGCUUCGCCUCCAACGCCUUGGGCACCGCCGUGUCCCCCGAGGCCAACGUCAUCGCCGAGAACACCCCUCAGUGGCCGAAGGAGAAGGUGACCCCGGUGGAGGUGGAGGAGGGGGACCCCGUGGUGCUGCCCUGCGACCCCCCUGAGAGUGCUGUGCCCCCCAAGAUCUAUUGGCUCAACAGCGGUGAGUGCCCCAACCCCACUGCGCCCCACUGAACCCCCUUGUGUCCCCCAACCCCAUUGA